AUGCCUUCCUGUGAUCGAUUCUUUGAAGACUUGGCCGAGUGUCUGAUGGCAUCCGACUGUGUAGUAAAGUAUGGAAAGCGACCUCAAGAGUGUGUUGAAGCCAUUAUGAGAGCAAAGCUGUAUGAUCGAUCCAUUUCCCAACCAGAAACUAUCCUAGUUGACAACGUCAUUCCUCCUCCAGAUUCUUACACUCCGUCUGAAUGCAUGUUGAAGCAUCAGGCAUAUCAAGAAUGCAAAGUCCACCUGAUGAAUCCAAGAAGACGAUUCCGAACACCAUAUGGAGGACCUGCACCUAAAAAUGAUUCAAACGUGUCCAACGACACACUUGGUGCCGGUGCGGAAAACUCUCCCCAGCAGUAUUGA